AUGCUCCGAAUCGCCGUCUCUGCUGCUUUUCGCACAGCUUCGGUGAGGUGUUUGAACAGCAAUGUAGUUCAAUCCCGGAUCUUCGUUCCCACGGUUAUCUCUUCCUUGAGACCGACACUUCAAAUCAGACAAUACUCCGCCAAGGCUCCCCUUACCAAGAAGACGUUGGAGGAACGAAUCGUGUUGGUUCUUUCACUCUACGAUAAAAUCGAUGCUAAGAAGCUCACAAUGGAUUCCGAUUUCUCUAAAGAUCUCGGUCUUGAUUCUUUGGAUCACGUAGAAGUAGUGAUGGCAAUGGAAGAAGAAUUCGGAUUCGAGAUCCCUGACGGAGAUGCUGAUCGUUUCAAAACUCCACGGGAUAUCUUCCAGUACAUUGCUGACAAGGAAGACGUUUUCGAGUAG